CGCCGCGCGGCCUUCAGUCCCAACCACGACCCGCGACCGCCAACACGCUUUCGCGACACCCACUCCCGCACUGCAACGCCGAGCAUCAACACGCGAUAGUGUUCGCUGUGAACGCGCGCCCUUUCUCUCACGCAGUGUGAUCGUGCUUCGGUACGUUAAUGCAAAACCGGACUACUCUCUUGACACGAUACAGCGCAAAGGAAUCCGUCGCGGUUUGGACAUCUGAAACAUUCUAAGGGCGCGAGGGCUGGCCUGCCACUCGCCCGGACCCGUCGCGACCCGGCGGCGAUUCUACGUAGCGACGAUAACUACAAACACGUAGGCAAACGGAGAACACGGUAUGACUGCGACGCACGGUGGCGGCAGUGAAGACCACCGCCCGGACAAGGAUUCCGUAUAUACUAUCAAAACUGGCUUCAAAAACGAUGGCUACCAGCACGAUAGAGAUUCCAACGACGAUAUCGUCAAACCACCACCCCUGCCUACCGAAGACGACUCCUACGCCUCGGGCAAGGUCAAACUUUCGAGGAAUGAGAAGUGGAGGAUAUUGAAGAAUGUAGCGGCUGUGAGCUGCGCUUUCAUGGUACAGUUCACCGCUUUUCAGGGAACUGCGAAUCUCCAGUCCUCUAUCAACGCCGCUGAUGGGCUGGGAACAGUCUCACUGAGUUCCAUUUACGCGGCACUCGUUGUGUCUUGCAUAUUUGUGCCCACGUUCCUAAUUAAGAGGCUAACUGUGAAAUGGACCUUAUGUCUCUCAAUGCUCUGCUAUGCGCCGUACAUUGGCGCUCAAUUCUUUCCCGCCUUUUACACGCUCGUUCCGGCUGGAGUGAUUGUUGGCCUGGGAGCAGCUCCUAUGUGGACCUCGAAGGCUACAUAUCUGACUCAAGCUGGAAGUGUGUACGCAAAGCUAACAGAUCAAGCCGUUGAUGGCAUAAUCGUAAGAUUCUUCGGGUUCUUCUUCCUAGCUUGGCAGACAGCUGAAUUAUGGGGAAAUCUUAUCUCAAGCUUAGUAUUCUCAUCGGGAGUACACAGCGGAAAUACAUCCAAAGAGAACACCAGCAGCCAACUUCUAUCAUGUGGAGCCAACUUCUGCAUGAUCGGUGGAGGACAUCACGACAACCAGAACCUACACCGACCACCAGACAGCGAGAUAUACGAGAUCAGUGCCAUAUACCUCGCGUGUGUGGUGGUAGCCGUUUUGAUGGUGGCUUUCCUUGUCGAUCCUCUUUCAAGAUACGGAGAGAAGCAAAGAACAUCAGAUGCAUCCAAGUUGACGGGCAUUCAGCUGCUAUCGGCCACAGCUUACCAGUUGAAAAAACCUAAUCAACAAUUGCUCAUCCCCAUCACACUGUGGAUUGGGAUGGAGCAAGCAUUCAUCGGCGCUGAUUACACUCAAGCCUACGUCUCAUGUGCUCUCGGUAUCCGAUCCAUCGGCUAUGUUAUGAUAUGCUUUGGAGUCGUGAAUGCUUUAUGCUCACUGCUCUUUGGUUCAGCCAUGAAGUAUAUCGGACGAUUUCCAAUAUUGGUGAUGGGAGCCGCUCUUCACUUGGGUCUCAUCGUCUGGCUGCUUAUCUGGACACCGAACCCUGAUUCGCCGACAGUAUUCUUCGUUAUAUCCGGCUUGUGGGGUGUUGGAGAUGCUGUUUGGCAAACUCAAGUCAACGGCUUAUACGGUGUGCUGUUCCGGAGAAACAAGGAGGCCGCCUUCUCCAACUACAGGCUUUGGGAGAGCGCUGGUUUCGUUGUUGCCUAUGCCUACUCCACCCACCUCUGCGCCAGGAUGAAACUAUAUGUGAUGAUGGUGGCCCUCCUCAUUGGUGUCGUCGGCUACAUCAUUGUUGAGAUACUACACAUGAGAAAGGCUCGUCGUCUGAAGGCUAUCGCCGAGAACCCGGUCGCUGCGGCUGAAGCUGCCAAGCAACCACCAGAAGAAGAUGAUGAAAAGGACGAAAUCGAUGACGAAAUCAUCAUAACACACCUGUAAACGCGGAGUUAGACGAGCUCCAGCGUCCCAAGCGCUUUCAGCGCUAUAUUGCCAUACACACAUAUUAGGUACAAACCACGAGCUGAAGUAAUCUCGAUUUAUUAUAUUUAUAUGUAUGUAUCCAAUAGUUAAGUGUAUUGUGAAGCAAAGAUAUGUCAAGUACAAAUAUUUCACAUAUUCGAACGUGGCCUAUUUUUCGGGUACGAUAUGCGUCGAGAGCACGCAACGCAUUACAAAAUUGUUCCAACUGACUGGUACACUUCGGUCUAAUCAGUCUCACCACAGACGUGCGUUAUAUCGAGUCAAAUAAUUUUUCUCCGUCAAAUGUUUAGCUGAACGUCGCGAGACGACACGGAAUUAUGAUUUAGGUUGACGGCAUAUUGGCAACUAUUUACGUAACAUUGUUUCAAUGAGCUCCGCAAUUGUUCAUUCUUCUGUCAAGAAACGAUCAUGGACAGUCAAUGAUUUUAUUAUAACUAAAAAAAACUUGGCAGCUUCAACAUUGUAAUAGUUCUUCAAUAUGUUAUAAAUAUUAAAUAUUCUUAAUAUGAAUUAUAUACAAUCUUGUGGUUUAUUUUAAAAAAUGAUAAUUUAAUUUUUUGUCACGUAUUCUGUAUAUUAUUUUCCACUUUAGGUACAAUUUGUAUUUGACUUCUAAGAAAUUUAAUAAAGCGCAAACGCGUUAAUUUAUUAUUGUUUUAGUGAAUGAGUAAAACAGCUGUGUUUAUAUUUCCUUCAAUCGUAAUCAUUCUCUUUGUCUCGUCUUUCAUAGUAUUUGGAUAUAUAUUUUUAUUUAUUUAAUUCAAUAAUAUAAAAACUUUUUAGUUUUCGUAAGAUUUGUAAAAACAUAUUUUAAACUAACAAAACUCUAAAGAACCCUGAAAUUAGGUCUAUCCAAAUAAAUAUUUAUUAGCGCUAAAAAUUAAAAGAAAUAAUAUGGUCUUAGAUUUAAAAGUAAACUAUUGUCUAUUGUUUUUUUUAAUAAUAAUAAAAAAGAAAAACAUUCCAAUGUAACGAAAUAUAGCAGCUACAUUUUAGACGACUUUUCGUCGUUUACCUUUAGAAUGCUUUUUUAUCUGUGACUGUAUUACAUUUAUUAUUUACUUUAGUUAAUAUUAAUGUUGUGAUAUGAAAGAAAUUUCAAAUAAUCGUAUGAAAUUUCGUAAUACCUGGCAUACUUCACUUUAAAAAAAUUCGAUUGAUCCAACCAAAAAGCUAUCAAAUUUUGACGAAGUUUUUUUGUAACAAUGUACUAUUCAAUUCCAUCUUUAAAUUACUAGAGUAUAUAUUAAAUACGCUUUUGUUUUCUGUCACUUUCCGUACUUUAUAUUAUGUAAAGUAUAAACAAUACUUACAUGAUCUUAAUAAACCAACAGGAGAACAAAAUUCAAAUAAAUAUUAUUUAUUACCCCGCUAACAUUGUCUUACCAGAAAUACGCGUUCGAAAUAAUAAUGACAACGCGUUUAAAUCUAGACGAUAAAUACUUUAAUGAAAAUGUGAAUUUGUUGCCGAAAAUAUUCAAUAGAGAUUUACAAUAGGUAACAGAUUCCAUUAUUGUAGGCACUUAGAUCAAAUAAAAUAAUAUUACAUUGAUAAAAAUCUAAAUAUUUAGGGCUUAAGUUAAUGUAUCCAUUUUCCGUUGUUAAAUAGCGAUUAUGUAGUAAAAUGAAUUUAAUU